GCUGGUGUUCCUGCAGCCCGCUGGAAAAAGGGGAAAAAAAAAACUCACAACAAAGCAACCUGAAACUGAGAGCAAGCAACCAAAGGGGGAGGAGAGCCAUGGCGAAGCCUCGCGGCGGCGGCCUCCUGGACUUGGAGGGGCACUACGCCUUCUACGGCGCGUACCACAGCAACCCCGUCAACGUGAGCAUCCACGAGGUCUUCGUCUGGCCCAUCUUCCUCACGGCGCUCAUGCUCCUCCACCUCACCGCCCCCUCCGUGCACGCCGCCGGCAUCGGCGCCGCGGUCUACGCGGCCUACUACUUCCUCCUCGACCGCCGCGCCGGCGCGCUCGCCGCCCUCCUCUGCUACCUCUGCUGGGCCGCCAGCGGCGCCCUCGCUGCCCGCCUCGGUUUCUCCGUUGGGUGGAAGGUUGUAUUGGUGGCUCAGUUGGUCUGUUGGACUAUGCAAUUCAUUGGUCAUGGAAUUUUCGAGAAGCGAGCGCCUGCUCUCCUUGACAAUCUUGUCCAGGCUUUCCUGAUGGCACCAUUCUUUGUGCUGCUAGAGAUUCUUCACACAUUUGGCGGGUAUGAACCAUAUCCUGGCUUCCACGACAAGGUGAGCAAGUUGAUUGAGGAAGCCCGGAAGGAAUGGGAGGACAAUAAAUCAAAGAAGUCCUCAUGAGAUAUGUAUGAAUUAAUGGCUCUGAACUGUGAGGUUUGCCUGCUCGAGAUGAACCUGCUGGAUUGGAUGAAUCUAUCUCAAGGAUGGUUACUGAAUACCGAUACUGUUUAUGUUGUAUAAGAUGAUGUGUACUAUGUUGUCUGCCAGUAUUUAACCGAGGUAAAUAAUAAUGUAUAUUAUAUAUACUGGUGUGAUUGUCUUGCUGGACCCUUUAUGGAUAACAUGACCAAAGCAAGUUACAAAGAAA